AUGGCGUGUAAUGUCUGGCUAUCUUUCUUUCGAGCAUAUGAUACUUCAGCCUUGAGACGUCUAGAGUGGAAAUACAUUGUCGCCUGUUAUGGUGUCCCCUUCGUUCCAGGGUUCGUUUACAUAUUUGUCAAUACACAAGAGAGGCGCAAGGUGUACGGUGCAGCAGUAUUGUGGUGCUGGGUUUCGCUGAGGUGGGAUUUUCUUCGCGUCGCAACCUUUUACGGGCCUGUUUGGGUCGUAAUCCUCGCUACGAUAGGCAUUUACAUACGAGUCGGGUCAAUAAUAUUCAAAUGGCGACGGCAGUUGUUGUCGAUGGAGAAGGAACGUACCUUGAGCGGCACAAACGAAUACCCUGCUAUUGGCAUUCUGAAGACGUCGGAGAUCAUUGUCACAAGAACAGAAACAGUUGUGAGUGGCGAGGAACCAGACUUUGGUAAUGACCUACACAGUAAAGCAUCCUUCUCUCGCACGAUUCAACCGACCAGGCCAAUCACUAUGGUCAGAAUGUCCCGGCCAAGUGGCGGCAUCGAUCCAAACAAGGCAGCGGUAAAGUACUGCAAAUGUGCCAUGCUCUUCUUCUUGGCUCUGAUCGUAACCUGGGUGCCCUCAACAGUGAACCGGAUCUACACUAUCAUACGGCCUGAUGAGGUUGUAUAUGGACUCCACCUUGCUGCUGCACUUGUCCUGCCAUUGCAAGGCUUUUGGAACGCAUUGAUCUAUCUGGCAACCAGCACUUUCGCAAUGAGAUGUUUAUGGCAGGACAUUCUGGACGUCUGCAGAAGUUCAAGUCCUCGUCAGAUGGCCAUUCAAGUACGACGACAAGGUGUCUCAAUCCAUUCCAGCGAGCUUGAGGACAGGUCACGAAAGUUCAGCUCCGGUCAGACACCCUACGACGCUGAUCGAGCUUCUUCGCAAAGCGAGCUAGUUGGUCAGGCAAAGUAG